CCCACAGCCUUGCCUCAUUUCCCAUCUUGGACGGACCUUUCUUCAAAUCUCAAUGCAGCAAUGAAUUUACAAUAAUCAGAAAAUCAAAAUUAAACUUUGAAAAUCAGAAAGGGGUUUUGAUUUUCAACUGAGGAAGUCGGUUGAUCUUUUUGGGAAGAGGAAAUGGGAAGAAUAGGAAGGGAUUUACUACUGCAAUGGUUUCUCAUCGUUGUCUUCACCACUCUGAACCGAGUUAACUCGGACCCUGCUUUAUGCCAACUCAGUUUCGAUAGCGGUUACAAGCUCUUUAACUUUAGCUUGGCCACUCCACUGCCCAAAUUCCCUCAUGGCAUACUCAGCGAAGAUGGGUUUUAUAAGGUACAAGGGAAUGAAACAGUGCUCUGGUUUCAGCUUUGCGAUGGAAUGAUUUUCAAUCAUGAUCCACCUAGAUGUGUUGGCUGCAUGGGUUGUGGGGGUCCAUCACGCUGCGGGAUGGAAUGUAGUGCACUUGUGUCAAACAACAAUGGAGGUUAUGAUGUAUGCACAACUUUAGGGCAUGUAUCAAGCACGAAAAUUGAUGUCAUUGACAGAGAGAAUCCCCAUAAGGGUGUUAUUGUGAAGAUGUCAGGUUCAAGUUCAAAGUACAACUGUUCCCUUUCUAUAUCUGUUAUUUGUGAUGCAAAUGGAGUUAAGGGGCCGCUUGUGUUGGAGAAAUUGGACAGAUGCAAUUAUGCUACAGUGCUGCGACAUCCCUCUGGUUGCGCCACAGUUACUACUGUUCAUGGGAGUGGAUGGGCCUGGUUUGGUACUUUAAUAGCAAUUAUUGCAUGUCUCUUCAUAGCCUAUCUGCUGGUGGGUGCAUUUUAUCGAUUUUUUGCCCUCGGGGUUCGCGGUAUAGAUGUAAUUCCAAAUUUGGACUUAUGGAUGAGCUUGCCCCAUAAAAUACAGAAUUGUUUUGUGUCCUUGGUGCGGAGGUUUAAGGGACCUUCACAUGGUUACCGGAAUUAUUCUUCUCCAGUAAACUUUUGAGCAAUUACAACUUUGUUAAAGAUUUGAUGCGCAAAAUAGUUUUGACAAGUGGCAGCUUUUGUACGAACUUUUAGAAAGAGGAAAAAACAGUAAGUUUUGUGGACCGCAACCUUCAUUUUACCCUGAUUCCUUUGUCGAAGCAGAUUCUUUAGAUCCAGUGAGUGGUGAGUUAUCGUUACUAUCCGACACAUACCACUGCAUAAAAGAUGCAUUUUUUUCUUUCUUGCUCCAUUAAUGAUAAGCUUUUUUCCCACUCGAAAAGAUUCAAUUGUAUUUAAUUGAUUAUAAUCUUGGUUAAAAUGCUUAAUGUAAACAGUAUUACCAUUUUUUUUUCUCCUUUUAUAUUGACAUUCUUGUAGUUCUUGAGGUAAUGAAUGUACUUUGCUAA